CCCCCGCUCGUCGUCCCCCCACCCCCUUUUCGUUCGUCGUCGCGGCGUGUGAUCGGACGGCGACCCGUCGCCGGAUUCGGGGAGACCAAGAGCUCGGACACGCUGCUAGGGUUUCGUUCUGGUCGCGGGGUCUGGACACGGGAUAAUUCCAGCGGAUGUGAUAUCAGUGCUGUUUCAAUGGCUUCUGAAACUGAUGAGAAGGCCAAGAUGGAGAGUUUGACAUCACCUGCAGCCUUUGUAGAGGGUGGGGUUCAGGAUGCAUGCGAUGAUGCAUGUAGCAUUUGCCUUGAGGCUUUCUGUGAGAGUGAUCCUUCCGCAUUGACUGGUUGCAAACAUGAGUUCCAUCUCCAAUGCAUUCUUGAAUGGUGUCAAAGAAGUUCUCAGUGCCCUAUGUGCUGGCAGCCUAUCAGUAUGAAGGAUCCUACCAGGCAAGAGCUGCUAGAGAUAGUAGAACGGGAGAGGAAUGUAAGAACCAAUCAAACUCGAAAUACCACCAUAUUUCAUCAUCCUGCGCUUGGCGAUUUCGAGGUGCAGCAUUUACCUGUUGCUGGUAAUGAUGCUGAACUUGAAGAGCGUAUACUGCAGCAUCUAGCUGCUGCUGCGGCGAUGGGAAGGUCACACCACCUUGGCAGAAGGGAGGGGCAGAGGGGCCGAUCUGGCUCUCAUGGUCGUCCACAGUUCUUGGUUUUCUCUGCACAUCCAAACACGCCUUCUGCUGGCUCAGUUUCAUCAUCGUCCGCUCAAGGGGAAGGUGGUAACGACUUAAGGAUUCUUGUCCCCAGAGCUGGUGACUUAUCACCACGUGCUAAUUCUAUUGAAGAGGCGGGCAACCAAAGUCCUGGGGUACUUACCUACGAUGCUGAACAAGACGCUGUUGUUUCGUCUGGAAAUAGUACUCCUGUGUCCAGUCCUAGGUUUUUCAACAGGAGACAUUCCACUGGACAGUCAACUCCAGUAAGUAAUGACAGGGCUGGGCCAUCAGAUAUUCAGUCUUUCUCUGACUCUCUGAAGUCCCGCUUAAAUGCAGUCUCCACAAAGUACAAAGAAUCUAUUACAAAAAGUACCCGAGGGUGGAAGGAGAGACUUUUUUCACGUAACUCAUCUGUGUCAGAUCUUGGUUCUGAAGUGAGACGAGAAGUUAAUAAUGGAAUUGCAUCUGUAUCAAGGAUGAUGGAGCGCUUGGAAACUAGAGGAAGUGGUAGAACAGGCGAUAGCCCAACGGCAUCUACUUCUGAAAUUUGUCCCACUACAGAACCAAGCAAUGAGAGGGUUACAGAAAGUAACUCAAAUAAUACUACCAGUAGUAGCACUAGCAACACUUCCGCCCCUUGUGUGACAGCAUCUGGUUCAAAUUAGUGCCUCCUACUGUUUCUGAAGAAGGCCUGCAUGUGCCCAUUCAUCAUAUUCAAAGGUAUGGGCAGGUGGCUGAGUAAAGACUCCAACGACAUGGUGGUGCCAUCUCCUCAACUGUUGCAUAAAUCACCUCCAGAAAUCCUGAAUGAUAAUUUGAUGUAUUGGUUUGAUAAAAGGGCGGUUGGCCUGAGGUAUUGCCUAGGCAGUUGAUUUGUCUCCUGUUUCGUCUCUGUAAUUAAAAUUCCUGAGACUUUUGUUUACUGGUAUAAAUAAUGGAUCUGGUAAUUUCAUAGCA